AAGAAACAAAAGAGCUAGCUAUCUCCAAUGCCAGUUCAUCUUGCCACGUUCGAUCUCUCUCCACGACCAACCGCAGCGACAACAAUCCAUGAAGAUGAGAGAACAAGCCAUGAAGAGGAGAAUGGAGACCAGGAAGCUUGCCUUGUUCUUGCUGCUGGGACUCUCCCUUGGAGUCUUGACCUGCUUUCUUGCUGUCUCUGUGUUUUCAGCCAACCAACAAUUUUCGCUGACCAGGAGAGUUUGGGCAGAUCAAGCAGAAGAAAGCGGAGGACACGGCAGCAGGGAGGGAAUUCUCCCAGGCAUCGAUCAACACACGGUAGACAAUGCUACUCCUGCACAGUUAGAUGGUGGAGCUGAUGACAACCAGGGAAUCAGUUCAAUUGCUGAUGCUAUUAGCCGAUUAAAUGAGAAGUCAACAUCCUCAAAAGACACGGUAACGACUGCAGAGCUAGUUGCAGAACAAAAAGAAACACAGAGCAGACAGAUUAAAGAGAAAAAGUCUCUUUGCGAUCUUUCCAAUUGGAGAACGGACGUCUGCGAAAUGACCGGCGACGUUCGGAUUCACAGCAAUUCCUCCUCUAUCCUUGUUCUAAAUUCACAAGCAACGGAGGAGUCAUGGCAGAUCAAGCCUUACGCUCGCAAGUUCGACCCGUCUGCUAUGCAGCACAUCAAGCAAGUGUCCGUUCGAUCGUUCAGCGGCGGCGACGGAGUCGUCGUCCCUGCUUGCACCGUCAACCAGACGUUGGUCCCCGCCGUCGUCUUCGUGAUCGGAGGCUACACAGGCAACUACUACCACGACUACACGGACGUUCUGAUUCCCCUGUUCAUAACGACCCGGCACUUCAACGGCGACGUCCAAUUCAUCAUCUCGACGCGCAAUUUUUGGUGGGUGGACAAGUACAAGGCGAUCCUGAAGCAGCUGUCGCGCCACGAGAUCGUGUACUUGGACGGCGAUGAGCAGGUACGCUGCCACCGCCGCGUCAUCGUCGGCCUCCAUAGCCACAAGCCCAUGUCCAUUGACCCCGAGAGGACGCCUGGCGGCUACUCUAUGCUUGACUUCACAAAGCUCAUGCGCGUCGCUUACGGCCUCGAGAGGGACCGACCGAUGUGGCGAGCGGAAGAGAAGCCACGGAUGCUGCUGAUCCAGCGGAAAGGCACGCGGCAAUUCACCAACUUAGAGGAGGUGGCGCGGACGGCGGAGGCGGCGGGGUUUGCAGUGCAGGUGGCGGAGGCGGAGUCGAUGACGAGGGUGGCGGAGUUCGCGCGGGUGGUGAACUCGUGCGACGUCAUGGCGGGGUUGCACGGCGCCGGGCUGACCAACUUUGUGUACCUUCCAACCGGCGCGGUGGUGGUGCAAGUGAUCCCCUUCGGGAAUCUGGAAACGAUAUCGCGGGGGUGCUUCAAGAACUCGUCGGAGGACGCAGGGCUGCGCUACCUCGACUACUCCGUCGGCGUGGAGGAGAGCAGCCUUUUAGAGCAGUAUCCGAGGCAGCAUCCGGUCUUCACCGACCCCAAGUCGAUCCACCGGCAGGGAUGGAAGAAGAUGGGCCAAGUUUACUUGGACCACCAAGACGUGAAGAUUGACGUCGACAGGUUUAAACCUCUUCUACUCGUAGCACUGGACAAUCUCCGUCAAUAUACAAUUGAAGAUUAAUAUUUACAAUUGAUUCACA